AAAAGAAAAUAAAGAAUUAAAAACCGCGUCUAGGGUUUAAGAUUUUCUGAAAGGAAAGUAGGCUGCGAAAUAGAAAAACCAGAGGAAAAUCAAAUACAGUCGAAUUAAAAUCGAGAAAUCAUGUUUCCAGGGAUGUUUAUGCGGAAGCCAGACAAGGCAGCGGCAUUGAAGCAGCUAAAGACUCAUGUAGCCAUGUUCGGUGUUUGGGUCGCCGUCGUCCGAGUCGCUCCUUACAUUCUCCACUACCUCUCCGAUGAAAAAGAUGAGCUCAGGCUCGAAUUCUAGGCCUCUAUAUCUCCCUCGCAAGAGUGGUGCAGGAGGUGAGAGAUUGAGUUGGAAUGAAGACGAGUGGCUGAGCUUGUGUCUGUUUUCUUCUCUUUUUCCUGCAUCUGGAAGUAUGUAACUCUAGUGUGGCCAUUAGACUAUUGCGAUUAUUUUGGAAGAUGUGUUACUUCAGUAUUAUGUCAUCGCUGAGCUAGGAUAUGGAAUGUUACUUUUUGUUUCAUGUUAGCAAAUCACGGUUGAUUUCUGGGUGUCAGUGAUUUAUAAACUAUUGCGUUUAUUUUUUAGUUUUUACAUGUUGGAAGAGAUAGCUCAGGCCGCAAAAUUUUUGACUUAUGCUUUAGAAUGAGAUGGUGAAUGAAAUAUGCAAGCUACUCCACCCAAUGUUAUAGCUCAAAACACUGGCCUUGACUUGAUAUCACAAGAGUGCAUAACAGGUAAUGGUGCAAGUGAUUGAAACUAUUGUUGAGAUACUUAAAUUUUAAUAUUAAUCAGUAAAUGCUUAUUUCUUUUGAUGAUAA